AGUUACAGGCAUCAGUAUAAUUAUUUCAUUCAAACAGCAGGGUUCUGUCUGCGGUUUCAACAAUGAGAAAGAUGGAGUUGCCGUUAAAGAAUGUCGUACAGAUAUUCAUAUUCAUUGCAGUUAUAAUAAAAGUAGAAUCAACUAAAGUACCAGGAAUAAGGGGAUUAUCCAAAAUACAAGAAAUUCCGCAAUACCGUUUUCACUACUACUUACAAGAUGAUAAAACUGUAAGGAACUACAAAUCACCACAAGAAGAAAACAAGAAUGGAGAAAAAGUUGGAUCUUAUAGUGAUAUAGUUGAUUCUAAUGGAAAUAUGCGGGUUGUUAAUUACCGUGUCGAUAAAUCUAAUGGAUUACAAACUGAUGUUAGUACCAAUGUUGAUGCUUCACCAUUAAAGAUAUCUUUAAACAGUCCUGUAUAUAAUACGCAAACUGAUGUUUCAAAUGAAUCAACUGUGUCUUCAAAAGUAUCACCAAUAGUUGUAGAGCCCAUAAAUACACAAGAACAAAAAUCGUCAAAACCAAUCGAAGUAGAUUCCAGAGAUGAAUAUAAUACAGCAGAGAGCACUGAGAAAACUACUAAAAUAACAGAACUUAAGAAUACAAAUCAAACCGAAGACCGUAAUGAUGAUAUAAAAGAUGAACAGACAACAGAUCAAGUAUUAAUUCAAGACGAGGGAAUUACAAUUAAACAAACAGAAUUUACAAUUCCUUUUAAAAAACCAAACCCAGUUAGAACAGAUGAUUUCAAAUACAAUGAUGAUGAAGCUAUAAAAAAGGAUAUUGUUAAAAUGAUACAAAAUAUUAACGGAGAUCAUGAGCAGUCUGAUCCUCGGUUAAAUUUCAAGAGUACAUUAUCUGAUAAGCCAAUAAAAGUAGUUGACAGAGAUUCUAUGGAAAUGGAACAACAAGAAAGUUAUCAACCAAGUCAUGAACAUUCAAAAUUUAAAAGCCAACAAUUAUCAAACAAACCAUUAAGAUUAGUUGGAUAUAAUCCAUCAAUUUUUGGAUCAUUAUAUGACACACAAGUUAAUUAUAAUCGCCCAUCACAAAUUCAACAACCACCAAAUUUGUUUAACCAAGGUUAUUUUUCGGGAUUUGGAACACAUGGAGAUAUUAAGCAACAGGCAUAUGAUAAUUCUGGGAUUUAUUAUUCUCAACCAAGUUCAACCUCUCCUCAACCAGGAACUUACAAAGGAAAUAAAAAGUCUAAUUUUCCAAUACCAACACAACCACUUUAUUAUUACGAUCCAAAUUCAAUGGUUAUGUUGCCAGUAUACACCAAUAUAAUCCAAAAUGAUUAUUCUAUAACAGAAAAUAAACCCCAACCAACUCAACCACAAGCAGAUUCUGGUAAAAAUGGUUUUAAUUUAAUGCAAAUUUUAAGUGGAGGCAGCUUUUACAAGGGUCUGGAACAAGCAGAAGGUUCCCAACAAAUGGCAGUAAAAGAUUCAAUAAAAACAGAAUAUAAUAAAAUUGAAAAAUCAAAACCAAUAGAAAAACAUGACAAACCUAAACCAUUAGAAACACAUGACAAACCAAAACCUAUAGAAACCCAAGACAAAUUAAAACCACCACAAACAUUGAUGUUUUAUUUGAAUCCAGGUGAACCACCAAUAGAUUUAAAAUCACUCACAUCAAACCCAUUGCAUUUAACAUUUGACCAACAACCAGAGUCUGACUGUAAUGGAAAAACACUUAAGACUCCAACAGUUAAAUCAAACAAACCACUUCAGCCUAUACCACUUUGUUCAGAUUGUGUGCCAGCUUUGGGAUUUAUGGGUUCACCAAACACAAAAUCAGCUGUAAUUCAACAAAAGAAAUCUAUCGCUACACCCCAGGUGAUACCAAUAUGGAAUGGACAAGGUGUUUCAAAGUUAAACUACUUAAUCCUACCCACUCCAAUAACUAAGUAAUAAUCUAAACUAAUGUAUUAAUUAAUAAUAUAUAAUGUAAAAAAUGACUGGCUAACACUUAAAAA